UUUCUUCCUCAGUUUAUCAAACUGAUAUUAACAUUCCCUUCGAUUUCCUUAAAGCAGGAACUAUGAUUCUUUUAUUUUUUCAAAAGUUCCCUGCUUUCUGUUUCGUAUUUUGCUCUCCGUUUUUGUAUUUUGGGUCUACAUAUGUAUAAUGGUUUCUCCUCCUGAAAAAAAUCGGAUACAUAAGCUGAGUCGGUUCCUUUCUUUUCCGUUGUUAGCUUAGGUUUCGAAAGUUUCCACCUUGAAACUUCUGUUAGCUAUAAACACGUAUGUUGUUCUCAAUGCGCGCUUAGAUUGUUAUAAUGUGUUUAUGUAAUCUGUUACUGAUUUGUGGGAUUUGGGGGUGGAGAUGAUGGAAUAUUAAAGUAAAAGGUCUGAGCAGGAUGCAAAUAUGAGUAAUGUGUGUAGCAAUUGAUGUUUAAUUUAGUUUCGAGGAGACAAACUUAAGAAGAAUCUAAAUAGGAGAGGGCCCUUGUCCAUGCCUUGAGCCAUGGCAUCUGUGGCUCCGCAAACUCUCCAACAAUGAAACCUGAUUCGCCACUGCACUAUGUGCUGUGUCUGCAAAUCUGAUGGGGUCGAUUAUAAAGGCGUGGGGUUGCUUUCUAAUAUUGAUUGCCAAUCUAGAAUUCUCCCUACAUACAUUUGUCUCCUCUUGCUUCUUUUUCAUCAUUUAGCUCUGCCCUCGUAUCUCCUGCACUGAUCAAAGACCUCCUUGACUGAUCCACAUUAUACUGCGUCUUGAGUUGUGGUUGCAGCAGAGUGUGAAGGAGAUGGCUGGACACAAGAUGGCACACGCAACAUUGAAAGGGCCAAGUGUUGUGAAGGAGUUGGUUAUCGGGAUCACGCUCGGUCUAGCGGCUGGUGGGCUAUGGAAGAUGCAUCACUGGAACGAGCAGAGGAAAACAAGAGCCUUUUAUGAUUUGCUUGAGAAAGGUGAGAUUGGUGUUGUUGCAGAGGCGUAAUCAUAGAGAGAUCUUCUUCCCAGUACCAAGUAUUUUUUGACGAUGACGAUUACCUCAAAUUUUGGCGUUUGUUGAUUAAAGACCCAUUUGUCGUUUUAUUUCGUUUGGCUUCAACGUUAGAGGCAGUAUUAUGAUUUCUAGCCAUUUGUUUUUUGUCACUGUGAGACAAUGUCUUUAGCUCUGAUUACAAAUAGACAUGUUUGUCUAAAU